AUGCUCUCUGGGUCAGAAGGAGACAGUGCCACUAAGGCCAAGUCCCCCGUUGUCAGGAGUGGGAAGGGGACAGCGGGUUGCCACCUGCCCUGCCUGGUCCCGUUCAAAGUGAGAGGGUACAGAGUUGGAGUCACAGAAUAUGAUCUAAGACUUGUGUGGGACACAACUCCGCCCCCCUUAUAUCUCAGCCCCUACAAUCGGCCACGUUUGGUGGUGUCCACAGACAAUACUGUCACAAAUCACAGAACCCAGCGCCUAGUUGACAUCGUUCCCCUUAGAGCCUGGGGUCUGCCAAGCAGCAGGGGCUCCCCGUGGGUCAGAAGGGGGCGUGGCCACGGAGGUGUGCGGCCAAGGCGGAAGUGGGGCUGCGGGAGGCUGGUCCAGUGGGGCAGACCGGCCCCCCGCCCUCGCACCCACGCACACGCCCACUCGGCCGCCUUCUGCUCUCCCCAGCACCCUCUUACCUCCCCCGGGAGCGUCAGCUCCUCCCGAGACUCCAGUGUGCCUGGCUCUCCCUCCAGCAUCGUGGCCAAGAUGGACAACCAGGUGCUGGGCUACAAGGACCUGGCUGCCAUCCCCAAGGAUAAGGCCAUCCUGGACAUCGAGCGGCCAGACCUCAUGAUCUAUGAACCCCACUUUACCUACUCCCUCCUGGACCACGUGGAGCUACCCAGAAGCCGGGAGCGCUCUCUGUCACCCAAAUCCACGUCCCCCCCACCAUCCCCGGAGGUGUGGGCAGAAAGCCGGACCCCUGGAAUCCUGUCUCAGGCUUCAGCCCCAAGAGCCACAGGGACCCCCAGGACCAGCCUGCCACAUUUCCACCACCCUGAGACCACCCGCCCGGAUUCCAACAUCUACAAGAAGCCGCCCAUCUAUAAGCAGAGAGAGUCCAUGACAGGCAGCCCUCAGAGCAAGCACCAGAUCGAGGACCUCAUCAUCGAGUCAUCCAAGUUCCCGGCAGCCCAGCCCCCGGACCCCAACCAGCCUGCCAAGAUCGAGACUGACUACUGGCCGUGUCCCCCGUCGCUGGCCGUUGUGGAGACCGAAUGGCGGAAGCGGAAGGCGUCUCGCAGGGGAGCAGAGGAAGAGGAAGAGGAGGAGGAUGACGACUCUGGAGAGGAGAUGAAGGCGCUCAGGGAGCGGCAGAAAGAGGAGCUCAGUAAGGUUACUUCCAACUUGGGAAAGAUGAUCUUGAAGGAAGAGAUGGAGAAGUCAUUACCAAUCCGGAGGAAAACCCGCUCCCUGCCCGACCGGACACCCUUCCAUGCCUCCUUGCACCCGGGAACAUCCAAGUCUUCUUCUCUCCCCUCCUACGGCAGGACCGCUCUGAGCCGGCUACAGUCCACAGACUUCAGCCCAUCGGAGAGGGAGACGGGGAGCCCAGGCCUGCAGAACGGAGAGGGCCAGAGGGGGAGGAUGGACCGGGGGAACUCCCUGCCCUGUGUGCUGGAGCAGAAGAUCUAUCCCUACGAAAUGCUGGUGGUGACCAACAAGGGCAGAACCAAGCUGCCUCCAGGAGUGGACCGGAUGAGGCUUGAGAGGCACCUGUCCGCGGAGGACUUCUCGAGGGUCUUUGCCAUGUCUCCUGAAGAGUUCAGCAAGCUGGCCCUGUGGAAGCGGAACGAGCUCAAGAAGAAGGCGUCCCUCUUCUGACUGCUCUGCCCCUCUCCGUGACGGACCCCCUGCUGCUUCAGGGCUCUGGAAUGGGGCCCCGGACCCCGCCGCAUCCUCUUCCCCUGGCGGGCUGGGCAUGGUGGAGGUUGAUGGAAGCGGUGGGCUCCGUUCCUCAGGGAUAGCGGAGCCGGGGCCUCUGCAGUGCCAGGCUGGGAGGCAUGGGCUGUGCCCUGUAACGAGCCAGGGGUCCUUGUUUUGUCCCUGGUCCCCACUGCCCAGCCCAACCCAGCCUGGACUCCACCACACACAGAGUGCUGUGAAUGUGCCCACGCCCUGCCUGUCACUCCCAUACAAACGUCCCAAAGUGGAUGAGGAAAAGAAGGGGAACCAGCGGUCAGUCUGUUACCCUGCUGCCCAGUGGGCAGCAUGCAGCUGGGCGGGGUCAGCCCAGAGCCUUGCGCACGCCCACCCAGCUGGGCCUCCCGCUUUUCUGACUGGUGGGAGCAGGCAGGGCCUCCAGCAAGGAGGUCACCCUCCUGCCACCAUGCCCUGUCCUCGCUGUGCUGGCCUCAAGCUUGGAAGCUCUCACUGCAGCCUGUGGCUUCCCGGAGGCCUUGGUGUAGUGUGGUGAUGCCACCUGUGCCACCACCAGCCUCAGCAGAGCCGCUAGGACUCCGCCUCCUGUCACCUGCCCUGGGGCGGGAAGUCCAGGCCUGGAGCCUCCCUAGAGUGGACCAAGAAGCCAGGCUUGGGACACCCAUCCUGGCUCCCAGUGUCGCCAUCCACACUCACCCCCACUGCUCUACAGAAUGUAACUUACCGGGGCCCCCGCUGCUUUCCUCACCCUCUGCCCUGCCUACUCACACCCCAGCUUUCUUUCUCCCCACAUAUGUAUGUGGAUAUAAUUAUAUAUAUAUUUUUGCCCAGGUCUGGGUUUUGUUCCUGCUCAGACCCCGGCAUUCCUUUUCCACCAUGUGUGUGAUCGUGCUGGGACGGGGCACUUUGCUUGGAAAUUAAAAGGUUGCAUUGGGUCCCUCAAA